CGUCAAAUCAAUCCUUCAAAAUUCGUCGCAAAUUGCCCCUUGUUUAGAAUCACAGUGCUUCAAAUUCCAAAACCAACCCCCGCCAGCAAUGUCCACAACGAAAACCAACACCAGCGGAACGUCCUCGUCCAGCUCGUCCGUGCUGCGAGCCCUCAGUCUCCACGGGUACCAGAUGGGUCCCAAGAUCGGCAAGGGUUCCUUUUCGUGCGUCCGGCUAGCCAAGUGGGUGAGCAAGAACAAAAACGUCCGCACACUGGCCUGCAAGGUGAUUGACGUUCGCAAAGGCACCGAGGAGUUUAUCAAGAAGUUUUUCCCCCGCGAGCUGAGCGUCCUGAUGAAGAUCCGCCAUCCGAACAUCGUCAAAGUGCACAGCAUCCUCAAGCGCGAACGGAUGGUGUUCAUCUUUAUGGAUUACGCCGAGGGAGGUGACCUGCUCAAGUUCAUCAACCAGAACGGGUCCGUCCCGGAAGGGCAGGCCAAACAGUGGUUCGCCCAGCUGGUCAGCGCCUUGCGAUAUCUCCACUCGAACGACAUCGCCCACCGGGACUUGAAGUGUGAAAACAUCCUCCUGUCGAAGGCCAACGCGAUCCAGCUGGCGGACUUUGGAUUCGCUCGAAUCUGUGGCGAAGAAACUGGACUGUUCUCGGAAACGUACUGCGGAUCGGCGGCCUAUGCCGCACCGGAAGUCAUCCUGGGCAAGCCGUACAACCCGAUGAUCGCGGACAUUUGGUCGCUGGGGAUCAUCCUGUUUAUCAUGCUGAACGCGGUGAUGCCGUUCGACGAUCGCAACUUGAAGAAACUAGUCGAGGAUCAUCGUACGCGGAACUUUGCCUUCGAAGAGCAGGCCGGUAAGUUGCUCAGCAUGGAAGCUCAACGGACGGUUUAUGAGCUGUUGAAUCCGGAACCGGAGCGACGGAUAUCACUGGACCAGCUGGUGGAACUGCGAUGGAUCGACGCCAAUUCGGCCAAAGAGAAACGGCGCACGCUGGGGGAGCUGUGUGGCAGGAAGGCGAGCGGGUCAGGAACCGGAAAGGCUGGAUGUCGAUGUUGAGCAACUUUUAUUUUGUAAA